ACACCCCUGGCAAGGCUUCCAGAUCUACUGUAACUAGCAGAUGAGUGGGUCACCGUUCUUAGGUGCUAUCCCCAUGAUGACUCUAAAGUAUGAAUCCCCGAGGCUCUCUCUGAUGUAAUGUGGUCAGUUAGAUGGUCAGGCACUUUACGCCAGUGUAGUAGUAGACCUAUAUAAAGGGGCCCUGCAGCGUACAACUGUCCUCAUCAACUGCUGUCCUAUUCUUCAGCUGGAUCUUGAGACUCAUACGAUUCGACAUGCCUGCUCAACUUCCUACUCGCAAGAUCGGCAACACCGAUGUGACCGCCAUCGGAUUCGGUGGCAUGCGUCUAUCGAUUCAGGUUUAUGGUCAAUUCCCCCCUGAUGAGGAGCGUCUUAAGCUUUUAGAUGCCGUCUAUGAGAACGGUUGCUUGAACUGGGAUACCGCCGACGUCUACGGCGACAGUGAGGAACUGUUUGGACGAUGGUUCAAACGCACUGGAAAGCGUAAUGAGAUUUUCCUUGCCACUAAGUUCGGCCUUCGCAUGCAAGGAGGCCGUUUGGUCAAUGGCGAUCCAGAGUAUGUCAAGGAGGCCUUUGAGAAGUCCUUGAAGCGCCUCGGGGUUGAUCAUAUCGACCUCUAUUAUCUCCAUCGUCCCGAUCCUACCGUCCCUAUCGAAAAGACGGUUGCCGCCAUGGCCGAAUUCGUGAAGCAGGGCAAAGUCAAGUACCUUGGACUCUCCGAGUGUUCGGCCAACACCCUUCGUCGAGCGCAUGCCGUCCAUCCCAUUUCUGCUGUGCAAACCGAAUACUCCCCUUUCAUGCUUGAUAUCGAGGACGAGAAGAUCGGUCUUCUCAAGACGGCCAAGGAACUCGGUAUCUCCAUUGUCGCGUACUCUCCUCUGGGACGUGGUAUGCUCACCGGUCGCUACAAAGGACCAGAAGACUUCGAGGAAGGCGACUGGCGUGGUACUAUCCCUCGCUACUCCAAGGAGAAUUUCCCUAAUAUCCUCAAGCUUGUCGACGGGCUGAAGAAAAUUGGUGAACGUCACAAUGCUACUGCCGGACAAGUCGCGUUGGCUUGGCUUCUCGCGCAAGACGAGAAGAUCAUCCCCAUACCCGGCACUACCAAGGAGAAGUACUUGAAAGAGAACCUUGGGGCUCUCAACGUCGAAUUGACCCCCGCCGAAAUUCAGGAGGUUCGAGAGGUCGCCAGGAAGGCCGAUGCUACUCAAGGACAAAGAUAUGAGGACUUCAUGAUGGCUGUCCUGUAUGGCGACACUCCUGCCUUGGAGAACUAGAUGGAGUUCCCAAAUGCAUUCCUUUAGCUUCCGUGUCCACGUCGUCGUAUGUUGAGUGCCGAUUCCCAAAUUUCUUGACGAAAUACAGGACACUUUGACCUCUUACUUCACUGCAUUCGACGGUGAUCGUACCUUCGACGCGAAGAAAUGGUUGAUAGUCCAAGUUCUACAUUUAUUCAAUACGAAAUCCGUCGGCUGACCUGCCAAAAACAUGAAAGUUGGUCUUCUCAAGACUGGAACUCAGUGGACACCAAAAGGACAUCUAGACAUCUGUGUACCUCACAAUGCCUCUGUUCGGCUGAAUACACGCUUUGAUCAG